AUGAUGGCUGCCGGGAAGCAGCCCGGCGGUGCAAAAGGGAAGCCUGGCCGGCGGCGCGCAGGGAAUAAGCAUUCAGCUGCACCCAGUAAUGAAGAUGCUGCUCAAAGGAGAGCAGCUCUGGAGUCUGCUAUAAGAAAGAAAAUUGAAUGUGAGAAGAAAGCAUUGUAUAUUGUUGAACAGCUCCUGGAAGAGAACAUUACUGAAGAGUUCCUUCUGAAUUCUGGAAAAUGUAUUACUCCAGCACACUACAAAGAUAUCGUUGAUGAACGGUCUAUCAUCAAACUAUGUGGUUAUCCUCUAUGUCAAAAUAAGCUGGAAAAUGUGCCAAAACAGAAGUACAGAAUUUCAACAAAAACAAACAGAGUUUACGAUAUCACCGAAAGAAAGUGCUUUUGCAGUAACUUUUGCUAUAGAGCAUCUAAAUAUUUUGCAGCUCAGAUUUCCACAAGUCCAGUAUGGAUGCGAGAAGAAGAAAAACCACCAGACAUAGAGUUGCUGAAGGAGGGACAGAGUGGACAGUCUGGAGAUGAGGUCAAACUACGUGAUGAAGUAAUUAAAGUAUCUGACAUUGAAAACCCUAGGAUAUCUUCAAAUCCAUGUAAAUCUGGUUCUCAUGACACAGCCAGUGACAGCAGCAGCGAUACUGAACAAGAAUUCGUUUCUUCUGUCCUACCACGACAGUCAAAUGCAGCUAAUUUUGCACAGCCGUUGCACAGAAACACCGUCCUCAAGAAGCAUGCUCAGAAGGUCUGUUCAAGCCCUACUACUGAAGACCCAGAUGUCGUAAAAGCUACUGAACAGCUAUCUAAUUGUAAUAUAGAUGCUCAGGAAGAAAGGCAUUCUUGCUCUGUUCAUAACAAAAUAAGUACACCACCUUCAAAAACAACAACUCUAGAGAAAUCGAGCGCUUCAGAAAACUAUGAAAAUACCUGGGAUUCACCUGUAGUUUUUCUAGGUGUAAGCAAAAGAGGGGCAGAACAUCUUAAAAGAAUACUAGCUAACUCAAAAGAACAUAAAAACCCUCAGGGCUCAGGGCAUCCAGUUGAUUCCAAAGGCAGUUUAUUAGAAAUACUUAAGCAAACACUUACAGAAUGGAGAACUGAGGAAACUUUAAAAUUUCUUUAUGGCCCAAACUACACUUUCUGUUCAUUGGAGCACCUAUCGUCUGCCAACCCCGAGAGCGAAGAACUUGAUGAGGAUGACUUAGAUACCGCUGAUGAUCGUAACACUGUUGCUACACAGCAGUCUGAAAAUAGUUUGAACUAUUCCUUACCUUUCACAGGCCCAGGUGAUGUAGUUAAGUCUGUGCCUAGUUAUGAAAAGUUAAAAGAAGAGACCAAGUUCCUAGAACUCAGAGUAAAAGAGUUCUAUAAAGGAAAGUGCAUCUUGGCCGAAGAGGCAGCAACACAUGCACAUGCAGAGGAACAGCCUAUUAAAGACAAAGAUGAUCAACAGGAAGAUCUCACCUUUCCACUUGUUGAUUCAAAUGCACAAAUGCAGAUUAGAAAGCGAAUUGUUCUUGAAAGACUGAGAAAAGCAUUACCUGCAGUUUUGGGCCCUCUUCAGAUUACUCUAGGAGAUGUUUACACAGACCUAAAAAAUCUUGUCAAAACUUUCCGGUUAACAAACAGAAAUAUUAUUCACAAAAUGCCUGAAUGGACUCUAAUUGCUAUUGUUUUGUUAUCCGUAUUGUCACAAAUUACUCCACUUUUCAAGAAUACUCAGACAAGCCCAAUGUACACGCAGUUCCUGAGCACGCUGCUGGAAGAACUGCAUUUUAAAAAUGAAGAUCUGGAAAGUUUAAUAGGAAUAUUUAGAAAGGACUGCCUACUUGAAUGGUCAGUCAAUUUUAAGCUAUUUUGCAUGUCAUAA